AUGACGAUUGAAGAUGAAAUUCGAAGAAAAUCGGUUGAAGCGCCGAUUGUAGCUGAAUCGGUUGAAGCGCCGACCGUAGUUGAAUCGAUUGAAGCGCCAAUUGAAGGAAAUCGGUGUUCCACAUCAGUGGUGGUUCCGCCUUCUUCCGCAGUGGUUCCGUCUUCUUCCGCGGUGGUUCCGACUUCUUCAGAAAACAGAAAAAUAUCAAAGCGCAAAAGGCGUACCUCGGUAUCACAGAAAGAGUUAAUGAAUAUUGAGAAAAAACAAAAGAAAAGCAUAGAGAAUGAAAAACAGAGUGAGAAUGCUGAAAAUGUAUCUCAAAGGCUUCUAGUGAAAAGGAAGCCUUUGUUUUUUGUUGAAGCAAUAAGCCAAUUGAAUGAGGCACAGAUUAAUUCUGUGAAGGAGAUUGGUUUUGAGAGUGUCUUGCAUUACAAAAUUGAAUAUAUUCCUAGUAGAUUAGCAUUUUCUUUGUUGAAGAGCUUUGAUGAAGAAAAGUGUAAGAUAAAGCUUUAUAAUGGGAAAAAAAUUCAUAUCACGGAAGAGGAUGUGGAGCUUGUGUAUGGAUUUCCAAGAGGUAACAUUACUUACUAUAGAGAGAAGUGGAAAAGUAAUGCACCUUUCAUGAGGGAGUUAGCAGAACAAUGCGAUACAAAACCAGGAAAUGUGAACCAUAAAGCUGUUGAACAACUUAUGUUAGCAGAUAAGGAAGGAGGACCACAGUUCAAGAGAUUGUUCUUGGUCCUAUUAGAAUCUGCAUUGAUUGAGCCUUCAACAUGUGGAAUGAUAAAAUCUAAGAUUGGAGAGAUAGUUGAUGAUUUGGAUAAUGUUAGAAAUAUCAACUGGUGCUCAUAUACAAUCUCUGUGCUCAAGUUUGCUAUUGAUAAUUGGUCGAAGACAGAGAAGAACGCCUUUGCAGGACCACUUCCCUUCCUCAUGCUCUACUACUUAGACAGAGUUACACAAGACACGCGUCCUGUUCCUCACACAUUUCCAUUAAUGAAAGGAUGGAAAAGUGAGCAUCUACAGGCUAGAGAAGAUAGAGAGACAAGUGAAGGAGUUUUUGGUUUAGGACGUAUAAAGAAGAGAUAUGUCCGUACUCUGGAGCCGCACGAGGAAGAGAAGCAGGAGGUUGAGGUGGAUGAGCAGAUGCCUCAACAACAGAUUCCUGAUGACUGUGCAGUUGGGUCUUCCCAGAACCUACUCCCAAAAGAUUUCAUACAGGAGGAGCAGCAGCAAGGGAAUGAAGAAAAAAGUGUUGAUGUAAAUGAAAGUGGAGUUGGAUCUUCUUCUCAGAACAUACUCCUAUCACAUAUGGUGGCCAAUUUAGUAAAAUACAUCAAGCAGAUAAGUGAUGGCAGGACGAACCUUGUGAGAGUCCUCAAAGAAGCUUCAUCACAGAGCAAGAAUAAUGAUUUAUUCGGAUUUAUUUGUGAUAUUGCUAGAAGUGCAAUUGGAAGCCAAAAAUCUCCAGUUGCCUCUGUGAGUGACACUUUUCUCCAUUUGUCGCAGUCAUAUAAUAUAAACAACGAUGUCGUUGUUGAUAACUGGAAAGCUAUGUUUGAUUCAAUACGGAAUGCUGAAAAAGCAAACGAAACAAUUGAAGACUUGAAUGAAUUUCCAACUUUCAGAUUGGAAGAUUUCUUUGAUAAAGCUGUAGAACAAAGAAACAAAGAUAACUUACCUACCUCAACAGUUGGUGAUCCUGAAGAGGUCAGACCGUCUGUUGAAGAAGACGAACAAAGAAAGGAGAACAUGAUUUGUGAUGACCAUAACGAAUCAAACUCUCCUAUCUUGACAGCCAUACUAGGAUCUCCACGGACAGCAUCCCCAUCUCUCCCACAACAAGAAGUCAAUGCUUCAGAGCAUGACAACACACUCGCAUCACUAAUAGGAUCUGAGAACAGGGGAAGUGAGUUGACCUCACCAGUUGGUGAUCCUGAAGAGGCCAGACCAUCUGUUGAAGAAGACAAACAAAGAAAGGAGAACAUGAUUUGUGAUGACCAUAACGAAUCAAACUCUCCUAUCUUGACAGCCAUACUAGGAUCUCCACGGACAUCAUCCCCAUCUCUCCAACAACAAGAAGUUAAUGCUUCAGAGCAUGACAACACACUGGCAUCACUAAUAGGAUCUGAGAACAGGGGAAGUGAGUUGGAAAUUCAAGAAGAUGUUGAAGCUGAUAGAGAGUUAAGAACACAAGAUGCCUUGCACAUAUUAUCAAAAGUAUGUGAUGACUAUGAAAUCAGAAACAAUGAAGAAGCAAUCAAGGCCACAAACACCAUUGUUGAUAUCAUAAAUGAACAGGAAGAUAGGGAGGAUGCAGCUGCAUGCUCAAUUGUUGAAUAUAUGAUGCAAGAGGGUCUUGAAACAAUGGAUGACACACCUCCUGAAUGGAACGUGCAAAAACAAGGAUAUAAAUGGAUAGAGAAGAUGCAUGAGGAAAAAGAAAAAACUCCUGAAAACACAGAGAGAAGAAUGACUGUCUACCAGAACCCUGUUCCUAUCUCUGAGAUUCCACUGGCUGAAGCUAGAGAGAGACGGACUCAUGCUGAAAUGCGCCCCAGCCCAGUGCUACGAUCACCAUUUGAAAUACGAGCUGUGCAUAUGAAACCAACCCUGAACCUGGAUGAAAGAGAUAUCUACUACUACAUAGUAGAAACUGAAGGAACAAAUGAGUAUGUGUAA